CCUUUCAUUAUCUUGACAUCCAAUCUAUAGAAAGUCCGAAUCCAAACAGGGUGCACCUUGCCACCCAGUUUAGCACCAUCAUCUGGCUUUAGGGUACCUUAAGUGGAAUUUAUCCCUUCUUUCUUUAAUUGUGGAUGGAAAACAGUUCAACUUUGUUCCACUUGAACUUGAUAGUGAUAAAUUUAAUUACCUGAUCACCCACAUAGGAGUCUCUCUACAGAGUGUCUUUCCUGGUGUUCCUUUAGAACGCUUGAUAAAAAAGAUUGAUGUCAUUCCACCAGAACGGUUGAAUCUGAUGCACAACAUGAUCAAGGACAAAGCAAAGAAGGAUCCUGGUCCAUGUGGAGGGUUUUCUCAUAUGUAUGCUUCUAUGUGUGACUAUCAUCAUCUUCCAUAUCGAGAUGAAGUUGCUUGGGAUGUGGAUACCAUAUAUCUUACACAUGAUACUAAAGAGCUGAGGUUAAAGGAUUUUGAUCACUUAGAAAACAGAGAUUUGUUACCAAUUAUUUCAUCAUUGGAGAACAACUCUUGGUUUACUGGCAUAAAUGCAAAGAAUGUACGACUAACAAGUGACGUUGCAUCCGAAAUUGUCAAAGUCUUCAAAAAGAAUAGUGUGUUGGAAGAACUCAGUCUUAGCAAUACUGGAAUCAAAUCUGAUUUAAUCCAGAAGCUGACAGUUGCCCUUCUAUCAAACAAGAGUACUCAGUUGGCUAAAGUUGACCUUUCUGUUAAUGUUUUAGAUGACCGUGGAAUUGUUCAUUUCCUGGGCUUCUUAAGCAAACUAAACCAUGGGUUAAGCUAUCUGGAUUUGUCGAAGACUGGCUUGACAGGCAAAGGUAUCAACAAACUUUCUGAGACAAUGACUGAAAGUUCUGUUAUACAAAAGUCUUUGAAAACUCUUAAGAUUGCAGAUAAUCCAAUGAAAGGAGAAGAUAUGACGAAUCUAUGUAAAUUUUUAGCAACAUCAAAUGUUCUGACCCACCUAGAUCUGUCUGGGCUGGAAAUACCUCUUGAAAUGCUAUCUGGUGCAUUAGUACGAGGCUGUGUACAUCAUAUGAACCACUUGAACCUCUCCCGGAACCCUUUCAGUCUAAGGAAAACAAAAGAAGCUACAGUUCCUCAGUCAUGGAAACAACUAUUCUCAAGUUUCUUCCAGCUGUUUCACCUGGACCUUUCAAAUUGCAAACUCCCCAUAGAAGCAGUGAGACUUUUGCUUCUUGGUAUUUCCAGUAAUAUCAAUGUGAACCAGUUGCAUCUUGACCUCAGUGGUAAUGAAUUGCGCUUUUCUCCACCAUAUGAAAUUGAUGUCAUUAUUGGUCACAUGACAAAUUUGAUAAGUUUAGAUAUCAGCAACAAUAGAUUUGAUUUGAACAUUGAAAGGAUCUUUAAGUCCCUCUGCAAUAACAGAACCCUCAAACACCUUUCAGUUGGUCGUAACUUUUCUGGAGUUAAAGCAAAAUAUUUGCCUCGUGUUUUGGAUAGUUUGGUUCAACUUCUUCAUGAUGAAAACUGUUGUAUUGAAUCCCUGUCACUUGCUGAUUCCAAACUGAAAGGUGAUACUACUCUUGUAAUAAAUGCAUUAGGAAGCAACAGUACAUUAAAGGAGUUAGACAUCAGUGGUAACAGUAUGGAAGAUGUUGGAGCACGUAUGUUGGCAAAAGCCUUGCAAAUUAAUAACAAAUUGCAGACAAUUAUCUGGGAUAGAAAUGGCACCACAAUCCAAGGUUUCCAAGAUAUUGCUGAUGCAUUAGAGGAGAAUUAUGUCUUGAAAAAGAUGCCAACACCAGUUUUUGAUGCUACAGUUGCCAUUAAAUACCAUCCAGAAAAAGUUGAAGCUGCUCUUCAAAAGAUUGAGUGCUUUUUACAGAGGAACCAUAAUCCAUGUAAAUUUUCUUCUGACCAAGGCUAUCGUUUACAACAAGGCUUUCUUAUAAGUUCUACUCAACAGAUGGUUGACCGCCUAGUGGUUCAGGUUCAAGAUACAGUUAAUGCAAUAUCAAGGACAUCUACCUCUGGCAGUAGUGAUCCAAGCAUUGAGCAAGCUGGAAAAUUUGUUAAUGAUGCCAACAACUCUCAACAGCUUCUACCACUAUUUCAGAAGAUUGCUUUUAAAUCCCAAGACAUUGGCAAUCCUGUAGAGAAAAAACUGAAAAGCAUUGUUUUGGAACUUGAAGAUGUUCUAGCUUCUCAUAUUCAGAAUACUGUCCAGGAGAUGUUGGAUUGUGCCAAAACACAGUGCUCUACAGUUCUUCAUAAUGAGGAAUUUUAUUCUGACCUCAAGAACAGCAUUGGAGAAAAACAGAAAUUGCCAAAAGAUCUGGUGCUGCAAUCUUUAACAGAUGUUAGUACUGACAUAUUUAAUAAGCUCAGUGAAAUGAAUCUUUUGAUUGCUGCUCAUAUGUCAGACCAAAUUCUGGAAGAAGUUAUUGAAUCAUUAUCAAAGAGUCACAAAAAAUUGAGCAAUAAACUCGUAAUUAAAAAGAGGUCUCAGUCCAAUGGAUCACUUAUGGAUGGUGAGAAUAUAGAAAAGGAGCAUGCAGAUGAUGCAGCUUCUGGGCAGUUAUCUGAAAAUCCUACAGAUGAGAACAAGAAGCAUUCACCAGCUGUAAAAUAUUCUUCUAGUUAUAAACCAAUUGAAAUGCUUCAGGAUUUAAGUGACUUGGAUUAUUCACCCAAACUAAAUUACAAAAAGAAAUCAUUAUAUGGAAGGAAACUUCGGCCACAGUCAGUCAUUGAUCAUGAAGCUGUGCAGCAAGCAUUGAAGAUGCAUGCUGAAAAAUCAGCGGUGCACACCUAUGAUGAACAGGAGGAAGUGAUUGAGGAAAGUACUGAUGCUACAGAAGAGAGUGGAAUAGGGAGCAAUGUUACAGGAAUACAUCGUGUGAUGGUUGGCAGCUCACAGUUGAUGAAUCACAACAUGAUAUCCUCUGGGUCUGAAAUUUCUCUCAGUAGUCUCCUUUCAAUGGCAGGCAGUUCCCAAAAACAUCCUGAUCUUGGCCCUAACAGGAUGACCAAGUCAGCAAUUGAUACUUUUGAUACAUUGGAAAGCUUGGAAGAUCUAAAGUCGAACCGGAAUCAAUCUCUUGAUAGCUUGAAUUUUGACUCUAUGACAAGUUUAGCAUCAUUGGCUUCCACCAGCAGCAUAGAAAUUGACAUUUCUCCCACACAGAAGUUACAACACAUCAACAAAGCACGGCCAAAGCGCAAGAAAAAUCAUGCCAUCACAAAACCACAGACAAAGAUCAUUAAUGAAGUAGUAGACAUUAAUGCUGAUGAAGGCUUAAGUAACUUUUUUAACAACUUAAGAAGCAUGAAAGAGACUGUUUCAACUCCAGAAGAUAUUGGCCAGCUUCCAAAAGACAAGCAUCAGAUAGAUGUUAACAGAUAUUCUUCCUUGAGUGAAACUGAUGGACCCCUAAUUGACAAGAAUGACAAAACUGAAGUCAGUGUAAAACAUGAGGCCAAACCUGAAGUGAAAAAGAAAAAUUGGAAUCCCUUUGAUAAAAUUUCUAAUCCCUUUUCGAAGAAACACAAACCUGACAAUCCAAAACACAAGUUGGUUGAAGGUGACAUAGUAAAAGAUAUUAAAGAUGACCCAAAAGUAUCUACAGGAUUUCAUGAAAUUACAGAGACCACAGAAACACCUCAUGAAACUUGUGAAAAACUCAAAAGGAGUCCUGUUGUGCGAAAAAUAAAUGUAAAUAUGUUGGCUGAAAUGAAGAAAAAGCAAGAUAUGCACUCAUCUCAAAAAGAUUUGACUUUGUCUACUUCCAAAAGCACUGACCAUGAUAAUUCUCAGAAAGCUGGUCUUGAGAAUCCUGAUGUAAAUGUUUGUUUGCGCAGUGACUUAUCAUGUAAAAAUUUAAAUUCAAAACCUUUUGCAACACCACAGCAGAAAAUUGUUAUGGACACACAGAUUACUUGUGAAAAUGCUAGUUGUAAAGAAAAUAAAUCCCCUUUGCAGUCUCCAAAUAGCAGAGCCUUACCAGGACUUAACAACAUAAAAUCUCUACCAAAACCAACAGAGACCAACACAAUUAAUGAAGCUUCAAAGAAAUCUCUGGAGAAGGAUGCUGUUGGAUUAAAAGAAACUAUUGCUUCAGCUGAAAUUUCAUUGCACGAGGAAGUUACACCUAUUUAUACAAAGAAUACAGUUGUUACUGAAAUCAGAAAUAAAAAUAGUUGCAUAAAAGAUUGCCUAAAUGAGAAAACUUUGGGCCAGAAUCUUUAUAAAGCUGAUAACAAAGCUGGAAAUUUGCAUCAAGAUUCACUAGGAUCCAAAACAGCUACUUCAGAAGAACCAAAUAUGAAACCAAAGCCAGCUCCUCGAACAAGUUUUACUUCAACAAAGCCAGCUAUUAAAUCUAAACCACCUCCGCCUGUAGCACCAAAGCCAUCAGUUCCUUCACGACCAAGUUUAAAAAGAACUACAGUUCACAGGAAUUCUGUAGAGUCCCUAAAAGAAGUGUCAACCAAAGAGAACAGCUAUAACAAUGAUAAUGUUGUGGUUUACGACUCUGCUACAUUAAGACUUUCAGUCCAAGAAAAAGUCUCCAAAAUUAGUAAUAUCAGCCAAUUAAUGGAAAAAUCUGUGAUUGAAGAUAAUACAGAUUGCAAUGAUUGUGAUGCUUUCAGCAAUAAAAAAAGAUCUUCUUUCCCAUGUGAUACUCAAAUCUCUAAGGAGCUUAAAGAUCAUGAAGCAGAUGUUCUAUCCAGACCAAAUUCCAUGUUAUGUGAAAAAUCUAGUAGCUCUCAGUCCACUUCUAAAAAACCAACUACACUUGCCCUUUCAUCUGAAAACAAAAACAAACAGCAACCAGUAUUUUGUAAUGUGGAUGAAAAAGUUGAUAUCUCACCAACAUCCACUCUCCAGUCUAGGUUACACUCUGACAGCAUGUUGAACAUCAGUACUGAAGGCCUUGAUACAUCACGACUUAGCAUGUGCUCAAGUCAUCACAGCAGUGCAGAAGAAGCUGAGAGUGAUGCAGAAAUAAUUUUUCUUUAAAAUACUUAUUAUUUGGUAUGGUAAACCAAUUGUACAAGAUAACCAAACAUUGCUGAUAGUAUAUAUAUACAUAUAGUAUGUGUGUGUGUGUAUAUAUA